AUGGUGGUGGGAAGAAGAGUAAGAGGAAUUCAAAAUGUGGUUGGCAGAGGUAGAGGAUUGAAUGGAGGUAGAGGAAGAGGAGUUCAAAAUGAGGGUGGCAGAGGAAGAGGAGUGACUAGAGGUAGAGGAAGAGGGUUCUCCACUGCUAGUAGAGGUAGAACAAUAGGUCCUAACAGUGGAGAAAACACUGGUGCAAACAAUGGGUUGGUUGUAAAAAGAAGAGGUCCAAAUCAGGGUAUUCUCAUUGGUAGGGAAAGAGCUGCAAAUAGUCAAAUGGUUCUUGGAAGAGGAAGAGGUGUGAACAAUGGGAAUGGUAGUAGAGGUGGAGGUAGAGGAAGAAGUGGAACCACUGGUGCACUUCCUGGUGUUGUCAUUACAGAAAGAAAUCCAAACAUUACAGUGGAUCUUGGAACAAAUAAAGGUGCAAAGAGUGGGAAGGGUAAAGAGCCAAUAGUUAGGAAAGUCAAAAUACCAAUGACAAGGUUUGGAGGUGCAGAAUCUAUAGCCCCAAGGGUGGGUCUGCCAAUACCACAGGCAGCAAGUUCAUCUGCAGCAUCAUGUGGCAGUGGUAGUGGAAGUGGCAGUGCCACAAUGCCAAACACUCACAUUCCUAGGCUAGACUCCCAAGGAGCAACUUCAACACCAAGUACCCAAAGAUCUACCACUUGA